AUAUUUUAUUCGGUAAAGUAGCGCUGCAAGUGCUGUCGCUUGAAACGUCACGUUGGGGUUAUGUUUACAGUCCGAUAUGUGAAAUACAAUAACGCCGGGAUUGUUCGUCAUUUGACACUACGCAUGGUCGAACAUGAUUGAUUAUCGUCGGUCAUGUGAAAGCUUGACGUGACCUCAUUUAUGCUUUUGUGUUGCUGAACAACCGUCGUAACGUCAGUCCGCGAUCGCUAUAUCGCCUGUUUCGAAUUCGGCUCUCCGUCGUUCAAUUAUUAACUUUGCCACGAUGUUGGAAGGAGUGAAGCACGUGCUGUUAGUACUUUCAGGAAAAGGUGGUGUCGGCAAAUCGACAAUCAGCACUCAGCUGGCACUUGCUUUGAAGGAAUCAGGCUUUCGAGUCGGGAUCUUGGAUGUCGAUCUUUGUGGUCCUAGUGUGCCUUACCUACUAAACUUGGAAGGAGAAGAUGUUCACCAGUCCUCCGAGGGAUGGAUACCAGUAUUUGCUGAUUCAGAGCAGAAACUGUCCGUCAUGUCGAUUGGUUUCCUCCUGAAAAGUCAGAACGACAGUGUGGUUUGGCGUGGGCCCAAAAAGACUGGUAUGAUCAAACAGUUUCUAACAGAUGUGGUUUGGCGGGACAUCGAUUAUCUGAUCAUCGAUACACCACCUGGCACUUCUGACGAACACAUUACAGUCAUGGAGAACUUAAGAAAUGUAAAAUGUGAUGGUGCGAUCAUAGUAACUACUCCGCAAGCAGUUGCGGUGGAUGAUGUUCUACGAGAGGUGACAUUUUGUAGAAAAACUGGCAUUCAUAUAAUUGGCAUCAUUGAAAAUAUGAGCGGUUUUGUCUGUCCUUCAUGUACGGAAUGUACCAAUAUAUUCUCCUCAGGCGGCGGGAUAGCCCUUUCAGAGAUGGUAAAGGUUCCAUUUUUAGCUAAGGUACCUAUAGACCCACAAGUCGGCCAGUUAGCGGACAAGGGACAAAGUGUUCUGGUAACAUUACCUGACAGUCAAGUCGCACAGGUGUUUAGAAAAUUAGUCGAAGAACUCACCAAAAGUAAGGAGGCUUGAAGACAGUUGCAGUGCGCGUGAUUUUUAGCGUUACUUGCACGUGAUGCUCUACCGUCGUCUUUAUCUCAGACCAAUUUAUUUACAGAAAAUUGUAUAUACAAGUAUCUCCGUGAGAUAAUUGUUUUUAUACUACAGUAUAUGAAGUUGCAAAAAGAAAAUAAAAAAUAUUAUUUUAUCGUACAAUACACUUGCAUAUAUUGUAAGAGAGGAAAGGAGGAUUACGAAAGGACAGGAAAUAGAUCCUGAUCUAUAACAGA